CACCACCAAAACAAAACAAAGCUCCACUUUCACUUCCUCUUUAUCACUUUUAUCUUCAGCUAUCUCUUCCAUUUCUGGCAAUGAAGUUUGAACCUUUGAAGUGUUGAUCUUCUCAUUUCACAGAAAAAAUGGAGAAGUAUGAGAUUCUUCAACAGAUUGGCAAAGGUUCCUUUGGUUCUGCUCUUCUUGUUAGGCACAGACAUGAAAACAGAAAGUAUGUACUCAAGAAGAUCAAACUUGCUCGCCAAACUGACAGAACUCGUAGAUCUGCUCAUCAAGAGAUGGAACUCAUCUCUAAAGUUCGAAAUCCAUUUAUUGUGGAAUAUAAAGAUUCCUGGGUAGAAAAGGGUUGCUUUGUAUGUAUCAUCAUCGGCUAUUGUGAAGGCGGAGAUAUGGCUGAAGCUAUAAAAAAGUCUAAUGGUAUUCAUUUUUCCGAAGAGAAGCUUUGUAAGUGGCUUGUUCAACUGUUGAUGGCACUUGAUUACUUGCAUGCGAAUCAUAUUCUGCACCGUGAUGUCAAGUGUUCAAAUAUAUUCUUGACAAAAGAUCAAGAUAUACGUCUAGGUGACUUUGGUCUUGCUAAAAUGUUGACAUGUGAUGAUCUUGCUUCCUCGGUUGUCGGGACUCCAAGUUAUAUGUGUCCGGAGCUUCUUGCUGAUAUACCUUAUGGCUCUAAGUCAGAUAUCUGGUCUUUAGGAUGCUGUGUUUAUGAAAUGGCUGCACAUAAGCCAGCUUUCAAAGCUCUUGAUAUGCAAACAUUGAUUAAUAAAAUAAACAAGUCUUUAGUGGCUCCACUACCAACCAUGUAUUCCAGUCCAUUUCGAGGGCUUGUCAAGAGUAUGCUGCGGAAAAAUCCAGAGCUUAGGCCAAGUGCUGCAGAGUUACUAAAUCAUCCACAUCUUCAGCCUUAUAUUCAUAAAAUUCACCUGAAACUCAAUACCCCAAGAAGAAGUACUUUUCCCUUCCAGUGGCAUGAUUCGAGUUACUUAAGGAGAAACCGCUUUUUCGAGCCAGAAUCUGUUUCUACUAUUUCAGACAGACACAAAAGAUUAUCCUUUAGCAAUGACAGAGCUUUGAAUCCUAGUAUUUCUGGAACUGAAGUAGGUUCUCUCUGUUCUGCUCAAAGAGCACAAGGAUCCUUCACUUAUUCAAAAGAGAGAUUGUAUGAUCUUUCUAUUGGUUGUGUCCGGGAAGAGUUGAAUGCUAACAAGUCGAAAGCAGCAAAGUUCUCUGCUUUCGACAGGACACCAAGAUCGCAAGCAGGGAAGAUUUCCACCCCGAGACGGCCGAUAAUACCAUCAAUAUCACAUACUAGCUCCAAGCGUGAUUCACUACCAGCAUCUCCGGCCGCAAAGUUCGCCCCACCAACUCGACGAGCAUCUCUUCCACUUCUUACACCUUCAACUGGAGUCAUGGCAACAGCUACCCCUUACAGAGCCAGCAUUGGCCUUCUAAGAAGCCUGGACUCACCAGAUAUUUCUGUCAAUGCACCACGAAUCGACAAGAUGGCAGAGUUCCCUCUAGCAUCCUGCGAGGGCAAUCAUUUCUUCCCUGUUCGUGGCACCUCAUCAACGUCGGCUCAUUGCUCAUCUAGCUCCCCCGGUAGCGCCGAAUGCUCAUUCACAAAAGACAAGUGUACAGUCCAAGUUGUGGACAAGGCCAGUGUCCCUACUAUUACCACUGGUGUUAAUAGCACUCCAGCUCCGGUCUCUCACGGCAGCGAAUGCUCUGAGCCUGGGGCAACCAUUGUUUCAAGCCAUUCCUCGGCUGACUCUCGUCAGCGCAGGUUCGACACCUCGUCGUACCAGCAGCGCGCGGAGGCGUUGGAAGGGUUGCUGGAGUUCAGUGCAAGGCUCCUACAGCAACAGAGGUUUGAAGAGCUUGGUGUGUUGUUGAAACCAUUUGGACCUGAGAAGGUUUCACCAAGGGAAACAGCUAUUUGGUUGACUAAGAGCUUCAAAGAAACUGCGGCAUAAGGUUUCUUUUCUAAUGCAAACUCUUAUGAUAAUUAACCAGGGACAGUAUAUAUUAAUUAAUGUAGUUCUACUUAAUGACAUUAGAGUUAAUGGUAAGAUUAGAUCCUAGAUCCUAAUCAUAUAUAUAAGUGUAGGCACUUUCUUAGAUGUAAUCACUUUUAUUUGGUUAUUUUGCAGUAGUAGUUUGAACUUUGAAGGUGAUGAUUAUCUCAAUCUCACCAAUAGA